UGUCCCUUUAACAGGAACACGUGGUACCUGCAACAUCCGUUAUGCAGAAAAUGGAAAUAAGAUUGCAACAAUGUUUUGACACGCAGUUUUGAAGCACGGAUUCUUGCUUAACUAUGGAGGCAGGCAGCCUUGUCUCAUACCGAGAGGACAUUUCUACGCUGUUCCCCGAGCACACACCGGGUGCCAAAUAUAAAGAUUUAAGCAGCCAGUUCCACACCGUCAGACAAGUGCGUGGAGAUGGAAACUGCUUCUACAGAGCCCUCUUCUUCUCAUACUUGGAGUCAGUCUUACACAAUCCCAGGGCUCUGCAGAGAUUUAGGGAGAAAAUCCUUCAAACCUGUGAAGACUUCUCUACUGCGGGAUUUGAUGAGAGUUCCUUCAAGCACCACCUGAAUACAGUUGUUACUGUUCUGGAGCAGUGUCAGGCUGAUGAGCAGGAAGACACGCUGCUCAGGCUCUUCAAUGAGCAGAGGACAUCUGACAGUGUGGUGCAAUAUCUCAGGCUGCUCACCUCAGCACACCUUCAAAACCAGGCAGAGUUCUUCUGCCACUUUGUGGAGGCGCCCAAUCUACUAGUCUACUGUCAUCAGGAAGUGGAGGCCAUGGCGAUGGAGUGCGAUCAUGUGGAUAUCUUAGCUCUGUCACAGGCUCUGGAUAUUUGCAUCCACAUCGUCUCCAUGGAGGGGGAUGAGCAGCAGCUGGCUCACCACGUCAUUCCAGAGGGUGCCGAACCCUCCCUGCACCUCCUCUACCAGACGUCACAUUAUAACAUUCUCUACCCGCGACUUCAACACUGACCAGAGAUCCACCAGGACUCAGCUUAACUCAGGAAUAUUGACUUUGGUUCAAUAAAAUCCCAACUGGGUUUAAGGACACUUGAGAAAACAGAUUUUUAUAUAGUCUUGCAGUGUACAGCGAUUUAACAUUUAGAAAUACAUGUUUUUUUGCACAUUGUGCAAAAAGUAUUUAAAGUUACAAUCUCGAAGAUCUGUGCUCUUUUUGGCAGCAUUUAUGCUGAUAAACUCUAUUUUAACUUUAUUUUCACUUCCCAAAAGCAAGAGCUUACAUUAGUGGGUCCAAGGCUUUACCACCAUUGUGUUAUCUCCUUCACUACGAUAGUGUUAAACAACAUUCAUUUUAAAUGAAAAUCUUCGAAUUAUUACUUUAAAUGUAUUUAUGUAAACAAAUACAUAAAUCUUCUCUUAAUACACAUUCCAUUAACACGUCACUGCUGCUGCUGCUGCUUUUCUUUCUUCUGCUUUUUCUGCUGUUGUGGACCACGUUUCUUUAACUUCUGUUUUUCCUCCUGCUCUGUAACCAUGGUAAGGGCACUUUCCUUUCCACCUCGAUGCAUGUUAGCCAGUGAGAGCCUUCCCAUUUGAGUGGGGUACUUGGUCAUGAUCUCCCUUUUGAACACAGGCUUGGAGAUCAGAUAUUUCAAAUGCUUUUUCAUCCCCUUCACCAACUUCUGCUGCUCUCUGUCACCCUCAUCAUCCCUUGCUCCACCUGUAGACAAAGAUGGCAUAUUCAGUUGUCUGUAUUUGAAAAUGUUUUAAUAAAGGGAACCUGUUACAAUA